AUGGAAACCCAAGCCGCAGGCGAUCCAGAAACCCAAACCCAAGGCGACCACGACUCGGCUGCAGAUGAUCUCUCCAGUGUAGCCUCUACCUCCGCGUCUACAUUUGCAUCGUCUAGCUUCUACGACUAUGCUGUUCAGUACGGACGGACUUACCAUGCGCCACGAGAUGGAGUCUUCUACCCCUUCCCCAAUGAUGAAAAGGAGCAGGCCAGGCUAGAUCUAAACCAUACGAUAUACCUCAAAAUGAACGACUCUCGAUUAUACCGAAGCUCCGUCGUCCGGCCGGCAAGGGUGCUCGAUUCACUCGUCGAAUGGUUCGCCGUCAGCCCUAUUCAGCCAAACUGGAUCGCACCGAAUUGCAAAUUCUACGCACAGGAUCUACAAAAGGAUUGGAACCUGCCCUACAAAUUCAACUUUAUAUACGCCCGAGAUUUGUUCUGCUCCAUCCGGGACCCGACUGAAUUCGUUCGACGGGCUUUUGAGAAUCUUCGGCCAGGGGGCUGGUUCGAAAUUCAGGACUUUGGUCUACCAGAGUCGGAUGAUCGCACGAUCAAGCCCGACAGCUCCUAUGAUAAUUAG